CUGUUUUCGCUCCUUUUCUCUCUCUCUCUCUCUCUCUCUCUCUCUGUCACUUUCUUCGUGCUCUAUCCCUGUCUCUCUGCUAGGCUCUCUUUCAGUACUGUAAACAGUGCUUUUAAAAUUUUUUUUUCUCUCUUUUUCUUUUUUUAAUUUUCCCCAGUUUGUUUUUUCUUGGAAAAGCAAGCCAGAGUCUGGUCUUUUUCCCUUCAAAGUUUCAAUCUCUCUCUCUCUCUCUCUCUCUCUCUCACACUCUCUCAUUAUCAGUUUUAGUUCUUGUUGUUCAUCUUGGGCUAUUUUUGAAGUUUGAAGAUUUUAUCUUAAUAAUUACUAUAGAAAAUAUAUACACACAUAGAUAUAUAUAUAUAUAUAUAUAUAUAUGGAAGAGUUUUACAGGGUUGACCCUGGAAUCUCCUACUCGAAUGAUGAUGUGGGUGUUGAUUUUGAUAAUAUUACGACCACUGCCACUGCUUCUUGUGCAAUAUUUCAUCGUCAUGAUGGUCAUGGUCAUGAUCGUGAUCAUUUGCUUCCAUUUGAUCAAUCCGAGGCCAUGGGGACAGAGAUGUCGGAUCUGAUUAAGGCCCAGAUUGCCAAUCAUCCUCGUUAUCCAGAUGUUGUUGCUGCUUAUAUUGAAUGCCAAAAGGUUGGUGCACCGCCGGAAACGGCAACGCUUCUUGAAGAAAUCAGCCGGGAAAACCAUCCCCUAAGUUGUUGCAGUGAAAUUGGAGUUGAUCCCGAACUAGAUGAGUUCAUGGAAUCAUAUUGUGAGAUUCUUCAUAGAUACAAGGAGGAACUAUCCAAGCCCUUCAAUGAAGCGACGACAUUCUUGUGCAGUAUUGAAUCACAACUCAGCAAUCUCUGUAAAGGAACAUUAGCAAGAACCCACGAUCAUCGCUCUGGUGGUACUUCAGAGGAGGAGUUGAGUAAUUGUGGGGAUCAGGUGGAAGCAGCAGAGAGCGAAGAAACGAGCGGCGCAGGUGGCCGGGCAAUCGAUCAGGAGCUUAAAGAUAUGCUGCUGCAGAAGUACAGCGGCUAUCUAAGCAGUCUGAGGAAGGAGUUUCUCAAGAAAAGAAAGAAAGGCAAGCUACCGAAAGAUGCCAGAACUGCACUCUUGGACUGGUGGAACACUCACUAUAGAUGGCCGUAUCCUACGGAAGAGGAAAAAGCGAAGCUGUCAGAGAUGACUGGUUUGGAUCAGAAGCAAAUAAAUAACUGGUUCAUAAACCAAAGGAAGCGACAUUGGAAACCAACUGAAGAAAUGAGGUUUGCUCUCAUGGAGGGUCAGUAGUAGUAGUGGUAGAAGUUUACUCCAUGCAUUGUCUGCAUUUGAUCCGUCUUCUCAUCAUCUUCAUUCAAUCAGAACACUAUAUAUAUGAACAUUUUAUUAUGCAGGAUUUUUAUGUCCAGAAUUGUUUAGGACAACAUCUAUCCACAUGUGGAUGGAUAUGAAACGUUUUAACACACGCUUAUCUGCUUGUGGAUAUGUAUUUUCCUGGAUAAAUUACGGACAGAAUGUUCUGGAUAAGAGAAUUUCAUAUAUAUAGAUGGUAUAUAUAAUAUAUAUAAUAUAGGCUGUUGACUCAUUGCUCCUUUUCAAAUUUUUAUCUCAUGUAUGUUAUGGAAAUUUUGAAUGUAAAGGUAGAUUUUUGUAUA